UUUUCAAUCAAUUUGGUUAUAAAUAAGAAUGGAGUAGGUACACAGGCAACAUCAUGUUUUACAAACAUAGUUUUACAUUUCUCUGUCCGUUAAUAGUUUUAUGUUCAAUAUUCGGAAUAUGUCCAUCAGUAUUUACUCGCAGUGCAUCAGUGAGGAAGAAUAAUUUUUUGUGGUACCAAAUAUAUUGUACCAUCCUAAUGACGUUAUCUCUCGGAACCACCGCGUAUGUGUUGUACAAGAAGGAUGAAAGUACAGUGCCUUAUGCCGUACACGUUGCUGAUACUUUUGUACAUUUUGCUUUGAGUGUUACGACACUUUGCAUGUUUGUCAGUUCAGUUUACAGCUCAAAAGGUUUUCUCCUCAAUAGAAUGUUUAAGAAAAUGGACUACGUAGAUGACCAACUUAAAUAUAGCAUUAUUUAUCAAAAACGAAGACUAUUCACCGGCAUUUUCAUUUAUUGUUUUUUAAUUAUAAUUUACUUAAUUUACGACACUUUUACCUGGGGAAGCUUUCUUGAUGGCAGCCAAGAAUAUUUUUUCUACAAUUUACCAAAAAAUUUCCAAAUUUCUCAGUUUUCUAUUGGAAUGUUAUUGCCAAUGUCUGUGCUGAUUUUGAAUUAUCUUAAAAUAAAAGGUUUUAAUAGAGCUUUAAAAAAUUACUCGAAAUUAAACUAUAUCCAAGCUGCCCAAUCUGAAGCCAACGAGAAUAAUAAAAACUUCUUCAAACAAAUGUGCCACGUGCAUACAACCAUAUAUGAAAUCGUCGAGAAUUUCAAUAAAAUAUUUGGAACAGCUCUGUUAGUUGGUACUUUAAUGGGGAUUGGCUUGGUUUUACACUAUAUUAUCAUUUUGUUAGUGUAUUUUCAGUUUAAUGGCAAUUGGAAAGGAGCUACUAAAUAUAAAUACUAUGUGUUAGCUCAGUGCAUUAAUGGAAUGUUGAUCCCUUUGCUACAAAUGUUACUACUAGCAACUAUAGGCGACCGGGUAGCCUUUGAAGCUUCGAAAUCCUCAAAUCUUUGCCUGGCACUCCUCAAUAAAUUCCCAGCCUAUUCAACUUAUGAUUGGGAAAGAGAAAUUAUCGAAGAACUCAAAACUUUAAUGCUACAAUGCUCAUUUAGAAACAUAGUGAUAACAGCCAAAAGGUUUUAUAGUGUUAACCAUACUAUGUUGGGUUUUGUGAUAACAUCGCUAGUGACGAAUAUUAUUGUGAUUAUGCAGUUUCUUGGAACGAAUAAAUAGA